AUGGUGGCCGGCUCGGGCGGCCCCCGCGGGCGCAGCGACACGGGAAUGGCGCUCGUCUGCGCGGGCCGCCCGGGGGUCGGCCUGCCACCCCGGCGACUGGAAGGUCUGAGGUGCCUGGCCGCCCGCGCCGGUACCCAGCGGCCGCCACCCGGCCCUGGUGGCGGGAAGCGGGCGUCCGCAGCCCGGGACCCAGCCCUGGAGCUGGGCCGCCCGCGGGGCACGCAGGCCCGAUACACCGCCCGACCUCCCGGGAAAGCCAGCUCUGACCUCGGGGGACGCUUCCCGGGGAAAAUAGACAUGGAGGUCAGUGAGCUAGUCAACUUUAGCUCUGGAGACCAUCAACAUCUUAUUCACAAAGCAGCAAUUAAAGGCAACGCCGGUAAAGUGGACCAGCCCUUCACGUACUCAUCUGGAGAGAGGCCAAAAGAAGCUGUAAAAUACCAAUAUCCAAAGCCUAGAGAUGCGGCGAGUGUUUACGCAAUAGAAGUUUCAGAGGAUGCUACUACAAAUGAGAGCAUAAAUCCAUCCAGUCCCUUCAACAAUGGGUCUGUCCGGAGAGAUUUCAUUGUGAAAGUGUUCAUCAUCCUGUCCGUUCAGUUGCUCAUCACUGGAGUGAUUAUCAGCAUGUUUGUUUUCUGCAAGCCUCUAAGGAAGUGGAUCAUCUCCAUGCCCUGGUUCCUGUAUGCACUCCUACCCGCAGUUCUGGUUGUGGUCAUCGUGCUAGCUUGCUGUAGGGAUAUCCGACGCCAAGUGCCUGCGAACUACAUCCUCCUGGCAUUCUUUACACUUCUGGAAGGCCUGCUGCUAGGGAGCAUGUCUAUCCUCUAUCGAGCAGAAGAGAUACUAUGGGCAACAGGAGCCACUACUGUGGUGACACUAGCGCUCACUUUAUUCGCACUACAAACAAAAUGGGAUUUCACCUUGCUAAAUGGAGUGCUGUUCGUUUUCGCCAGUGUAUUACUGAUCUACGGGAUCAUCGCACUUGUGGUACAAUCAUAUUGGUUGCAUCUGACGUACUCGGCGCUUGGAACACUGCUCUUCUCCAUGUACCUGGUGAUGGACGUGCAGAUGAUGGUUGGGGGCCGCUACCAUUAUGAGGUAGACCCCGAAGAGUACAUAUUUGCUGCUCUGAACAUCUACGUGGACAUCAUCAACAUUUUCGUUUUCAUUUUGGAUCUUCUUGGACGAUAGC